AUGUCAACCGCUUGGGAUGAUGUGUGGGGAUCAGACGACGAUGUGGAAACCGAACAGUCGCCAGAUUUAGCAAAAUUAAGAGAACACCACAGUAAAAGAGGGUAUUUGGAUGGUAUAGUAAGUUCCAAAGAGGAAAGGCUGCAAGAGGGUUUCAAUGACGGUUUCCCCACUGGCGCUAGGUUGGGAAAACAAGUCGGUGUCAUUAUGGGGAUUUUACUUGGUUUGCAGGUACGCUUUGGCGAUACAGAUGAUGAUCUCAGAAAGGCGUACAUUGAGGCUCAAAAAGAAUUACGGAUUGAUAGAGUGCUCAGUAAGUCAAUGUUUGAUUCAAAUUUCGAUUUGAAAGAAAUGCAUCCACUUGUAAGUAAAUGGAUUGAUGUCAUUAAUGAUUACUGUGAAAAAUAUCAUGUAACCCCCAUUUAG